CUACAUUCCGUAGAGUUUACGAGGUUCCUAUCCUCAAAAGCAGAGCACCAGAUUGCACGGCUAAGGAACUUGAGCUUGGCGAGGCUCGGUCAGCUCAGUUGUCUUUGAUCGCGAAAAGCUUCGUAUUGCGACGAGAAGCCAGCAUUCUCAAGAAUUAUCUUCCACCAAAACACGAAUAUGUGGUGUUUAUCACUCCGACGCAACUGCAAUUGUCCAUAUUCUCAGCUAUUCUUAACCCCGACAAGCUAGAUAGGCUAAUUGAUGGACCGACUGCAGAGUCACUUGCUUUAAUCAACAUACUCACAAAAGUCAGCAAUAGUCCCGUGUUGCUCAAGACUCAAACAGAUAAGGCAAGAGCGACAAACACCGAUGCAAUUCGCCGCCCAGGUGUCGAUGACGCCUUAAGUUUAUUACCUAAAGAUGUCCGAGUCGAAGACGUCUCCAUGAGCGGCAAGCUUCUGGCGUUGUCUCACAUCCUCAAAGCUAUCAAAGAGCGCACGCAAGAAAAGUGCAUCAUUGUCUCACAUUACACAUCCACCCUCAAUUUGAUCGAAGCCUUCUGCAAGAAGAAAUCUUAUACUUACUUCCGGCUUGAUGGUCAGACACCAGCAGCGAAAAGGCAGGAAUAUGUCAACACCUUUAAUAAAUCAUCACAAUACAGCCAUUUUCUAUUCCUGCUGAGUUCAAAGGCGGGCGGCGUUGGGCUCAACCUUAUCGGCGCGUCAAGAUUAUGUUUGAUAGAUUCUGAUUGGAACCCGAGUCAUGACCUUCAGUCCAUGGCGCGCAUUCAUCGCGACGGGCAGAAGCGGCCAGUUUUCAUCUAUCGAUUUCUUACUGCAGGAACAAUCGAUGAGAAAAUCUAUCAGAGGCAGGUGACCAAGAUUGGACUUAGCAACUCUCUUAUGGGCUCGGGAUCAUCCGGCUCAAAGUCAGACUCAUUUUCACGGAAAGACCUUCGGGAUAUUUUCCGGGUCCAUCCUGAGACAGGCUGCAACACUCAUGACCUUUUGGAUUGCGGAUGUGAUGCCGGUUCGAAGCAGUUCAGUGACAACACGACGAGCACUUCCAGGAGCGAUAUAGAAGUGGGUGAAGAUGAUGACGACGAAGAUUCAGCAGGAACCGGCUUCGUCAAUGCGUCACAAGUCAAACCCCGUCACAUUGAGAAGAUGGAUGGAGCAUACAUGAAGAAGAAACAGGCAGAGCUUGCAUCACUUGGAGAGUGGACACACAUCAAUUGCCUGCGGAGAUUGACGAGCGACAAUAUCCAUGAUGCCAUUCUUCGCCAUCUGGUACUUCCAAGUGUGAGCGAUGACAACGACCCCCUCGCGCAGCCUAAAUCAAGGCUUGAUUCACUGUUGUCGGCCGUUGACCUGGACAACAUUAUGGUCAUGGAUGAAGUGACACAACCAUUAUCUGUUCGCGAUGUCCCUGGCGGCACCAUUUCGUUCCUUUUCGAGAAGACAUCGGUCUCUACCUUGGAAGAGAAUAAUGUGGAAGAGGACUCAACGGUUUGAUAACUUACAUGUGUUUCUUGAUACUUGCGACCUCCAAAUUGUAACGAAUUGUUCUUAAUAGUCCGAAUGAGCUUAAAGUAUACAACUGGAAAGAAUGGCUGUCCUUCCCGUAUUGAUCUGCCUGCAGUGCUAGUGCUGCCGUGGUCCGCUCCUGAACCAUGGUUCGAACCGGA